GAUGGUGGAGACCAGGGACCUGGUGCAGCUGCGUCAGCUCAGCCUGGAGCUCCUGGGGCAGCUGUGGGCUGGGCAGGAGGCCGUGCGGCGGUCAGUGGCCAAGGCGGCCUCAGCGUCAAACCUGGACUCCAGCAGCAGCUAUGACUCAGAGACGCCAUCGUCCCAAGAGAUGUCCUCAGCGGCCCCGAGAACCUCCUGUCCAGAGGAUGCCCACCAAGGUGACCCCUGUGAUAGAUCCGGGCCUGGAGGGGCCAGCUCUGGGGUGAUCUCUCUCCCACCUGCCAAGUGCCACCACCAGGAGGCCCUGGGCCCACUGAGGCCCCACUCGGCGCCCUUGCUGUCUACUUCAGACUCAAAUGACCCGGAGCUUUCAGCAGAGCUGGACGGUCUGCCUCAGGAGGUGCAGGCCCUGAGGUCCGUCCCGGAUCAACAAAGCAAGCUGCCCAAGCCGAGAGUGACCUUCAAGAAGGAGUCUCCAGUGCCUGAGGGGGUCUGGCGCUUCCGACCGUACCUGGGCUACGACUGGAUUGCAGGGUCUCUGGACAGCAGCUCUCCCGUCACCAGCAAGCCCGAGGCCUUCUUCUCGAAGCUGCAGAAGUUCCGGGAAGCCAACAAGGAGGAGUGUAUUUGCAGUGAGCCCGACCCCCAGGUCCUGAGCCUGCAUGAGAACGGUGGUGUCGAGGGAGACCACGAAUGCGUCUACUGUUACCGUGUCAGCCGGCGCCUGUUCCUGGUGCCUUCGGAUCCCGGCAGCCCCUGCCGCCUGUGCAGGGUGCCCCGGGGCCAGCGGGGCCCUGAGACCCUGGCAGAGCCAGCGCAGGUCAGGGUGAGCGUCCCACUGUCCAUCCUGGACCCCCCACACCAGUACCGCAUCCACCGGCGGAAGAGCUUCGACGCCUCCGACACGCUGGCCCUGCCCCGGCACUGCCUGCUGGGCUGGGACAUUCUCCCGCCGAAGGCUGAGAAAAGCUCAGCCCCUGAGAGCCUGGGUCUCUGGUCCUGUGUCUCCUCCAAGGCCCAGCACCGGAAGCUGUCAGCUGCCAGCCCUUCCUGCCUGGGGCCCGUCCCCCCAGCCCUGACCCAAGGCACUCUUCCAGGGUCCACCACUCCCUGCUAGCUACCCCACCCCACCCAGGAGGGUGACCGUAACUCUAAGGUCCAGAAGGGGAUGAGGCUGGAACUGGGGGCGACAUGCUCCCAAAGUGGUCCCCUCUGACACCUCCUCAUUCACCAUCCAGGCCCUGCCAACACGAGUCCCGCCCCCCACCCCGAUCUGGUCAGAAUCCCAGGUCCCCCGGCCCUGCACCCCCGAGCUGAAGCCCUGAGGACUGGCCACCUGGAGGAGGACAGUGCCUCUGCCAUCGUCUCUAGCCUCUCCCCUCUGGCAGGGGCACCCACGAGAGGGGAUCCCAGCCCUGCCUCAGCUGGAGGUGAACU